AUGGCGGCCACAACAUUUCGAUCCCCACUCCCAUCUCUGUAUUCAUAUACCAAAACCCAUAAUCGGAAGUCUGUCACCGCCGCACAACUCUCCCAACGACGCCUUAAAAUCCCUCUUCACGCCUGUUACAGCAACACCAAUAGCAAAAAUAAUAAAAACUUCCAAGCAAUUGACCUGCAGGAGCUCAUUCAAGACUCCACCUGCGAAAUUGAUUCCAAAGAUUCUCCCGCUUCACAUCCGAGGCCUUUAACGUCUGACCAAUUGUCUAAUUUGACAUCUGAAGGGUCUCGUCUUCGUGUUGCUUACCAGGGGGUUCGAGGUGCAUAUAGCGAGUCUGCAGCAGAAAAGGCAUACCCAAAUUGUGAACCAGUUCCAUGUGAACAGUUUGAUACAGCAUUUGAGGCUGUUGAAAAGUGGCUUGUCGAUAGAGCAGUUUUACCAAUAGAAAAUUCUUUGGGCGGUAGCAUCCACCGGAACUAUGACCUACUACUUCGACACAGGUUGCACAUAGUUGGAGAAGUUAAACUUGCAAUCAGACAUUGCUUGCUAGCUAACCAUGGAGUAUUAGUUGAAGACCUAAAAAGGGUUCUUAGCCAUCCUCAGGCUCUUGCACAGUGUGAGUCCACAUUAACUGGGUUGGGACUGGUCAGAGAAGCUGUGGACGAUACUGCUGGUGCAGCCAAGCAUGUUGCUUUCCAUAAACUCAAGGAUGCUGGAGCAGUUGCCAGCAAGAUUGCUGCUAGCAUAUAUGGUUUGAACAUACUUGCUGAAGACAUACAGGAUGAUUCUGAUAAUGUUACCCGCUUCCUUAUGCUGGCUAGGGAACCUAUUAUACCGGGCAUUGAUAAACCUUUCAAGACAAGUAUAGUCUUCUCACUUGAGGAAGGUCCAGGGAUGCUUUUCAAAGCUCUUGCUGUUUUUGCCAUGAGGAAUGUUAACCUUACAAAGAUUGAAAGCCGUCCACUGCAGAAGCAGACUUUGCCAACACUUGAUGACGGUACCAAUGGAUUUCCCAAAUAUUUCCCGUAUCUUUUCUAUGUUGAUUUUGAAGCAUCCAUGGCUGACCAAAGAGCCCAAAAUGCUCUUGGUCAUCUGAAGGAGUUCGCCACAUUCUUGAGGGUGCUAGGCAGUUACCCUACGGACACUGGCCUGCCAUGA